AUGAAUGGAUGGGCUGGACACACCUUCCGUCGUGGUCGUGAAAACCCCAUCGGGAUCUGCAGACGGUGCCCGGACCCUCGGAGAAGCGCCGCCGCGGACCAGGGACGCGCUCCCGUCGCCUCCCCAUCGCCUCGGCCGCUGCCCGCCAGCCCGGUGCCGCUCAAGCUGUGCCCGGCGGGGCCGUCCUUCGGCGCGCGCUGGCCGUUCCAGGCGCUCGGCCCCGCGGCCGACGGUGCCAGCCUGCCCGGCCGGGCUACCAGCGACCGAGACGCGGCCUUCCAGCCCCUGGCCCCAGUGCCCUCCAAAGCUCUUCUUCUCAACGCCCCACCGUUCUACUCUGGAUGCUGCGGUGGGUCCUGCCGGCGCCCUGCAUCCCCCACAGCUUUUCCAAGAGAAGAGCGCGGGCUGCCUCUGCUGACCCAGGACUCAAAUUCCAAAGCUCGCAGGGGAAUUUUAAGAAGAGCUGUGUUCUCAGAGGAGCAGAGGAAGGCUCUGGAGAAAAUGUUUCAGAAACAGAAAUACAUCAGCAAAACAGACCGAAGGAAACUCGCUGUCAGCUUGGGACUAAAGGAAUCACAGGUGAAAAUUUGGUUUCAGAACAGGAGGAUGAAAUGGCGGAAUUCCAAAGAAAAAGAAGGGCUUUCCAGCAGAUGUGUCCAAGAAGUGAGCCUUCAGGAAGACACCCUCUCCCGGUCUGCUCUGGGCUUCCCUCCUCCCUGCUCUUCGCUGUGGGAAGUCUCGAGUCCCAGCUGGAGAGAGAAUUCUCCAGAACUCGCAGAAGGACUAACCCGGGAGAGUUCAGGGGCCCCGCCCCCAGAAGCCCAUUCACUCUGAGGGGCCUUGUAUUUGUGUUCUGAGAAAGAAGCAGGCAAGGACGGGCUUCCUGGGGCCGUCUGAAAGGAAGCAGUGCGUCGUGCUGACCUGAAAGAGCCCUUAACCAGUCCUAUUUCCACGAAAGCCAGUUAGCUUGUGCCUCAUCACUGCCUCACACUAACACCUUGGCGUGAUACCUGGCCGGAUGCCUUAGGAAACCCGCUUUACUACUCGCCUACUUAGCCUUAGACUCAGGCUCCAUGUGCUAAAGGAAUAGAACUUCCCGGGAAAUACGAUAGAACGGAAAGGGGUGAG